AUGGCUUCAGAUCCAGGGUUCGCUGUGAUGCUGCUAUGGACUAUAUCACUACAAGCACUGGGCACCAGAGGAACUAAUAGCAAUGAGGUGAACUUGCUGGACACAACAACGAUCACAGGAGACUGGGGCUGGCUAACAUAUCCGUCUCACGGGUGGGAUGCCAUUAACGAGAUGGACGAGUACUUCAGUCCAAUCCACACAUACCAGGUCUGUAAUGUCAUGAGCCCCAGUCAGAACAAUUGGCUGAGGACUGGGUGGAUCCCUCGUGAUGGAGCCAGAAGGAUCUACAUCGAGGUCAAGUUCACUCUGAGAGACUGCAACAGCAUGCCUGGAGUACUGGGCACCUGCAAGGAAACCUUCAACCUCUACUACUAUGAAUCUGACAGAGCGGUGGGCUCGGCCAUCAGAGAGAACCAGUUCAUCAAGAUUGACACCAUUGCUGCUGAUGAGAGCUUCACAGGGGUGGAUCUGGGGGUCCGCAGAUUGAAACUCAACACUGAGGUGCGAGGGGUGGGCCCCUUGAGCCGGCGAGGGUUUUACCUGGCCUUCCAGGACAUCGGAGCGUGCAUUGCCCUGACCUCAGUCAGGGUGUACUAUAAGCGCUGCGUGGGCGUGAGCCGCAACCUGGCAGUCUUUACAGAUGUGGUGACCGGCGCCGACUCCUCCUCCCUAGUGGAGGUCAGGGGUCAGUGUGUGGACCAUGCCGAGGAGAGGGACACGCCCAAGAUGUACUGCAGCGCCGAGGGCGAGUGGCUGGUGCCAAUCGGGAGAUGUGUGUGCUCUGCUGGAUUUGAAGAGCACAGAGAUUCCUGCGUGGCCUGCGAGGUGGGUUUCUACAAACCAGUGGCGGGGGACGGACUGUGUGGCAAAUGUCCUCAACACAGCCACUCGGAGACCAGAGCAGCCCUGUUCUGCCCCUGUGACACCAACUAUUACCGGUCCACCGAUGACACUCCAGCUUCCCCAUGCACUCGUCCUCCAUCUGCUCCAUUAAACGUGAUAUCUUCAGUCAAUGGGACUUCGGUAAAUCUGGAGUGGGGUCGCCCGCUGGAUACGGGCGGUCGCAGCGACCUUCAGUAUAAUGUGUUGUGUCAGAAAUGUUUUGGGGAGGGAGGGCCCUGUGAAGAGUGCAACUCCUUUCCAGGAGGGACUGGGAGUGGAGCGAAGGGGAGUGCAGGGGCCAGCGUGGGGACCGCGGGUGGCGGGACUGUAGAGCGCUCUGGUGCGGCAGCUGUCCGUUAUAUCCCCCGCCAGAGCGGACUGAAGGAUCCCUGGGUGACAGUGCUUAACCUGGUGGCCCACGCCAACUACACAUUUCGUAUCUUGGCCAUGAAUGCAGUGACGCACCUGAGCAACGAACCUCCACUUUACGCCUCAGUCAACAUCACCACAAACCAGGCAGCCCCUUCUGAAGUGUUAGCAAUUCGCCAGGAGAACGCCAGUCAGAACAGUGUGACUCUGCUGUGGCAUGAGCCUGACCAGCCUAAUGGAGUGAUCCUGGAGUAUGACAUCAAAUAUCAUGAGAAGGACAAUGCAGAGCAGAGCUUCUCCACUUUGAAGUCUAAAGGUACCAGCGCUCAUGUAUCAGGGCUGAAGCCGGGCACCAAGUACAUCUUCCAGGUCCGAGCUAGAACUUCAGCAGGCUGUGGACGCUUCAGUCAGAAUGUGGAAAUUCAAACUGGGGAAGCAGCUCCUCUGCGCUACAACACAAUGACCAUCAUCUGGAUCUGCAUGGCCCUGGUGUCUAGCCUGGUCACCUUUCUGGCCAUCAUCAUCUGCAGGAAACGGCAAGGCUACACUUUACCACACUACCCAUCGCUGCUACACUGUGGUUACAGCAAGGCCUUCCAGGACUCAGAUGAGGAGAAGAUGCAUUACCAAAAUGGCCAUGUGUCAUUCCCAGACGCAAGGUUCUAUAUUGACCCACACACGUAUGAAGACCCCUGCCAGGCAGUCCACGAGUUUGCCAGAGAAAUUGAAGCUUCCAGGAUCAAAAUAGAGAAAAUCAUUGGUUCAGGGGAGUUUGGGGAGGUGUGUUAUGGGCGCAUGCGGCUGCCAGGGAAGAGAGACAUCCCAGUGGCCCUGAAGACCCUGAAGGCAGGAUACACCGAAAAGCAAAAGAGGGACUUCCUAGCUGAGGCAUCAAUCAUGGCCCAGUUUGACCACCCGAACAUCAUCCGCUUGGAGGGAGUGGUGACACAUAGUAAACCAGUGAUGAUUAUCACAGAGUACAUGGAGAAUGGCUCUCUGGACUCUUUCCUCAGGAGACACGAUGGCCAGUUUACCGUCAUCCAGCUGGUUGGCUUACUGCGUGGCAUUGCAGCCGGCAUGACCUAUCUGGCAGACUUGGGCUACAUCCACAGGGACCUGGCAGCCCGUAACAUCCUGGUCAAUAGUAAUCUGGUGUGUAAGGUGUCAGACUUUGGCCUGUCUCGAGUCUUAGAGGAUGAUCCUGACGCAGCAUACACCACCAGUGGUGGGAAGAUACCCAUUCGCUGGACUGCCCCGGAGGCCAUUGCAUACAGGAAAUUCUCCUCCUCCAGUGAUGUCUGGAGCUAUGGCGUGGUUAUGUGGGAGGUGAUGUCAUAUGGAGAACGACCAUACUGGAACCUCACCAACAGAGAUGUUAUCAAAUCAGUGGAGGAGGGAUACAGGCUGCCUGCCCCCAUGAGCUGUCCUGGGGCUCUGCACUCACUCAUGCUUGACUGCUGGCAGAAGGAUCGCAAUGAGAGGCCGCGCUUCUGCCAAAUAGUCACCGUUCUUGACAAGCUAAUCCGCAAUCCAGAGAACCUGAAGUCCAUGGAUACGCUCUGCAGGUUAAACAGUCCACCUCUGAUGGAGAGAGCUACCCCAGACUUCAGUAGCUGUAACUCCGUAGAUGACUGGCUGGACACGAUAAAGAUGGGUCGCUACAAGGACCACUUUGCUGCUGGGGGUUACCAUACUCUGGGACACGUCAUAAGCAUGAACCAAGGGGACAUCCAGAGGCUUGGGGUGACACUGAUGGGCCACCAGAAGAAGAUUAUGACAAGUGUCCAGCUAAUGAGGGCACAGGUACUCAACAACAGUGUGCCAUCAGUGCACGUAUAA